UUAAAGAGAGAAAUAAAUUACUUCAUAAUUAAUAUAUCAAAAGAUUUAUUAAUUAUUACUAAUAAUAGCACAUUAUGGAGAAGAUUAGAGUAGCUAAUAUAGCAAUUUUGGGCAUGACUAUUUGUUGCAUGAUCUUUUGCUUUAAUGUGGCUAAUGCUUCUGAUCCUAGUCUUCUUCAAGACUUCUGUGUGAGUGCAACUGAUCAUCAUUCCGCAGUGUUUGUCAAUGGGAAAUUCUGCAAAAAUCCAAACGACGUCAAAGUGACUGAUUUUUUGUUCAAAGGGUUUAAUAAGCCUGGAAAUACAAACAACCUUCAAGAAGCAUCCGCCACAAUCGUAGACGUUAACCUAUUCCCGGCACUUAACACACUAGGGGUCACCAUUGCUCGUGUAGACUUUGGGCCUUAUGGCCUAAACACUCCUCAUUUGCAUCACCGUGGAUCAGAGACUUUCGCGGUGAUGGAAGGAACCCUAUACGCGGGUUUUGUCACAUCCGAUAACAAACUCUUUGACACGGUAAUAACCAAGGGGGAUGUGAUUGCGUUCCCCCAAGGUCUAAUCCACUUCCAAAUGAACAUGGAUAACACACAUGCUUAUGCAAUAGCUGCAUUUGGUAGUCAAAACCCGGGAAGAAUUAAUGUUCCUAAUAGUCUCUUUGGAACUACACCGCGAAUUUUGGAUGAUGUUCUUACUAAGGGAUUUCAGGUGAGUGUGAUGGACAUCGAACGACUUCGAGCACAAUAUAAUAACACGUCCAUAGAUACCGGAAGAUCCAUUCUCAAGUUGCUAUCUGAACGUUCUUAUUAAUAGCCUUAAUCCAAAACCUAAAUAAGAUGUUUGUCCAUCAUAUUAUAUUCUAUCAUUAGAUUGAAUAUAAUCGAUAAUACGAAGUAAUUGGCAAUUACAAGCAUAACUAUGUAUUCCGUAAUACUUUUAACGUAUGUUAUGUUUUUUACUUGAGUUUGUCACCUACGUGCUCCGUUUGUAGUACGUAUGCUUGUAUUGUCUCUACAUGAGUAACAUGACUACAUGUAGUGUGUUCUGUAUGUUUCAAUAAUAAUAGACCGCAUUUUAAU